GUAAAAACUAGCCUACAUGCUAGUUGCUAGCAAACGGACGAGAGGCAGUUCAACUGUCAUUGUUUUGAAGGAUGUCAAUGAAAAGCAAACUGGAUAUAAGAGACUUCUUUAGGAGUCAAACUGAAACUGACAAGAGUGUGGAGAGACAACAGCUCAGGAGGAGAAGGUGUGACCACCAUCCAAGUUGAACAUUGGAGCUCUGUCUGGAAGGACCAUACAGCAGACAUGGUUGAAACAGACACUUUGCAAAAAAACAGAAAACAUAUUAAUUUAAGUACUAAAAACAUUAAGGAUGAUGAAGGUAAAAAGAAGAAAGAAAAAAAGGAAAAGUUACCCAUGGUUGGUCCCAUUGAACUGUUCAGGUUUGCGGAAGGCAAAGACUUGGUGCUGCUCUUCUUUGGGACCUUAAUGUCGGUGACACAUGGUGUAGUGAUGCCUAUGAUGUUAUUAGUGUUUGGGGAAAUGACGGACAACCUCGUAAAUGACGCAGCAGUAAAUCUGAUGAACACCAGCCACCCAAAUUUUACAAUGCCAAACAGCACCUUACAGGCGGACAUGACAAACUUUGCCAUAUAUUAUUCAAUCUUGGGUGCCUUGGUGCUGGUGGCUGCUUACAUGCAGGUUGCCUUCUUUACGGUGUCAGCUGGACGGCAAGUCAAACGCAUUCGAAAGCAUUUUUUUCACAGCAUCAUGCGGCAGGACAUUGGCUGGUUUGACGUCAGCGAGACAGGAGAGCUCAACACUCGUCUUACAGACGAUGUCUAUAAGAUCCAAGAGGGGAUCGGAGACAAAGUGGGGAUGCUGAUUCAGUCUUUUGCCACCUUCAUCACAUCUGUCAUCAUCGGUUUAGUGAAAGGAUGGAAACUCACGCUGGUCCUUCUGUCCAUCAGCCCCUUGCUGGGCCUUACGGCUGCACUUUUUAGUACGGUGUUGGUAUCAUUCACGUCUAAAGAACAGGAUGCCUAUGCUAAGGCAGGGGCUGUGGCAGAGGAGGUGCUUUCUUCCAUCAGGACGGUGUUUGCCUUCAGCGGUCAGCAAAAAGAGAUUGCCAGGUAUCAUAAGAACCUAGAAGACGCUAAGACUGUGGGAAUAAAGAAAGCAAUAAGUUCAAACAUUGCUAUGGGCUUCACCUUCUUAGUGAUCUAUCUGUCGUAUGCUCUUGCUUUCUGGUAUGGGAGCACACUUAUUCUGAGUGAAGAGUACUCUAUUGGGGUUGUACUUACGGUUCUUUUUGCUUUGCUUAUUGGAGUAUUUGCAUUGGGGCAGACCUCCCCUAACAUCCAGUCCAUUGCCAGUGCUCGAGGAGCUGCACACAAAGUAUACAGCAUCAUUGACAAUAAACCAUGCAUCGACAGCUAUUCACAAAGCGGCUUCAAGCCUGAUGUCAUCAAUGGAAACAUUGAGUUCAAGAACAUCCACUUUAACUACCCAUCAAGGCCAGAUGUCAAAGUAUUAAACAACUUGUCCUUGAGCGUGAAAAAUGGACUAACCAUGGCUUUAGUAGGAAGUAGUGGCUGUGGAAAAAGUACAACUAUCCAGCUAUUGCAGAGGUUUUACGAUCCUAUGAAGGGAUCUAUAUUCAUUGAUGACCAUGACAUCCGUUCUCUCAAUGUCCGCUACCUGCGAGAGAAGAUUGGAGUGGUGAGUCAAGAGCCCGUACUUUUUGCCACCACGGUCACAGAGAACAUUCGAUACGGACGAAGUGAUGUGACGCAGCAGGAGAUAGAGCAUGCUGCCAAGGAGGCCAAUGCUUACGACUUCAUUAUGAAGCUUCCUGAUAAAUUUGAGACACUGGUUGGGGAUCGAGGGACUCAGAUGAGUGGAGGACAGAAGCAGAGAAUCGCAAUUGCUCGAGCACUUGUCCGUAACCCCAAAAUCCUUCUACUGGAUGAAGCAACAUCUGCUCUUGAUGCAGAGAGUGAGACUGUAGUACAAUCUGCACUAGACAAGGUCAGACUGGGUCGGACCACCAUAAUUGUGGCCCAUCGUCUCUCAACUAUCAGAAACGCUGAUAUCAUCGCUGGCUUACAAAACGGGGAGGUUGUUGAGUUUGGGACUCAUUACGAUCUAAUGGAAAAACGGGGUGUCUACCACAAUCUCGUCACCAUGCAGACUUUUGAAGAAGCCAAAGGUGAACAGCAAGAUGAAAAUCAGGAAGAAAAGAGCCCAGAAUCAAAAACGAGUCCCGACUCCCCUCAAAUUAGGAGGAGGUGUACAAAAAGUUCCUUCACUGGUUCAGAGGGAAAGAAAGAAGAGAAAGAAAAACUGGUGAAUGCCAACAACGAGGAGGAUGAAAAAGUUCCGCCCGUGUCGUUCCUCAAAGUGAUGCGUUUUAAUCUUCCCGAGUGGCCUUACAUUUUAGUCGGGACCAUCUGUGCUAUGAUCAACGGAGCGAUGCAGCCUCUGUUUGCAGUCCUCUUCUCCAAGAUCAUCACCGUGUUUGCUGAGCCUGAUGUGGAAGUCGUUCGACAGAAAUCUCUAUUCUUCUCACUCAUGUUUGCUGCUAUUGGAGGCAUAUCUUUUUUUUCCAUGUUUUUUCAGGGUUUCUGUUUUGGUAAAUCUGGAGAGAUCCUCACAAUGAAACUGAGACUUUCAGCUUUCAAGUCCAUGCUGAGUCAGGAGCUUGGAUGGUUUGAUGACCACAAGAACAGUGUUGGAGCGCUCACAACAAGGCUUGCCACAGAUGCUGCUCAAGUACAAGGGGCUACAGGAGCACGCCUGGCUACUGUGGUCCAAAAUAUUGCCAACAUGGGCACCGGUUUGAUUCUGGCCUUUAUAUAUGGCUGGGAGCUGACCUUGCUCAUCCUGUCGGUGGUGCCGGCUAUGGCGGUGGCUGGAGCUGUGCAGCUGCAGCUGCUCUCUGGGCAAGCUGCCGAGGACAAGAAGGAGCUGGAGAAGGCAGGAAAGAUUGCUACAGAAGCCAUCGACAAUAUUCGCACUGUCGCAUCUCUGACCAGAGAACCCGAGUUUGAGUCUCUGUAUCAUGAAAACCUCAGCAUUCCAUUCAAAAACUCCCAGAAAAAGGCCCACGUGUACGGCUUUACCUUUGCAUUUACCCAGGCCAUGAUCUACUUUGCUUAUGCAGGAUGUUUCCGGUUUGGAGCUUGGCUCAUUGACAAUGACAGAAUGAACGUGGAAGGAGUUUUCUUGGUGAUUUCGGCAGUUCUAUAUGGAGCCAUGGCUCUUGGAGAAGCCAAUUCUUUCGCUCCCAACUAUGCAAAGGCCAAAAUGUCUGCUGCACACAUUAUGAUGCUUCUGAACAGAAAGCCUGCCAUUGAUAAUCUUUCAGAACAGGGAGAGUCGCUGGAUAAAUUUGAUGGUAACGUGCAAUUCGAGGGUGUAAAGUUUAAUUACCCUUCGCGCCCUGAUGUACCCGUCCUCCAAGGGCUGAAUCUGAAGGUGAGCAAAGGAGAGACACUUGCCCUAGUUGGAAGCAGUGGCUGUGGAAAAAGCACAACCAUCCAACUUCUGGAGCGGUUUUACGACACCAUGAGUGGAUCAGUGAUGCUUGAUUCCAAGAGUGUAAAAGAGCUGAACAUCCACUGGCUGAGGUCUCAGAUUGGUAUCGUGUCCCAGGAGCCUGUGCUGUUUGACUGUAGCUUGGCUGAAAACAUCGCCUAUGGAGACAACAGUCGCACUGUAACUAUGGAGGAGAUUAAGACAGCUGCUGAGGCAGCCAACAUUCACAGCUUCAUUGAAAACCUGCCAAAGAAGUAUGACACUCAGGCAGGCGAUAAGGGGACCCAGCUGUCAGGGGGUCAGAAACAACGAAUAGCCAUAGCCCGAGCCAUCCUCCGUAACCCCAAACUGUUGCUUCUGGAUGAAGCCACGUCUGCACUCGACACUGAGAGCGAGAAGGUGGUGCAGGAGGCGUUGGACAAAGCAAGGCAGGGCAGGACGUGUAUUGUUGUCGCGCACCGACUGUCUACCAUCCAAAACGCAGACCGCAUUGCUGUAUUUCAAAGAGGUGUGGUUAUAGAACAAGGCACACAUCAACAACUGUUAUCCAAAAAGGGAGUUUAUCACAUGCUGGUCACAACCCAGUUGGGUCAUGGAAGGGAAUCAGAAGAUUAAUUAAAUUUACUUAAAUAGGUUUAAAAAUAGAAGGUUAUUAUUGUUGUAUUAUUGUUUUAAUUAGUAGUAGCACCUGAUUGUUUGAACCCACUACCUCCGCAUUGGAAUUAGUGCUCACUUUGUGUCCACUCGCUAACAUAAGUUGCCUUUAAAGUCAAAUCGCCUUUUUUGUAUGUGUGUGUGUAUAUAUAUAUAUAUAUAUAUAUAUAUAUAUAUAUAUAUAUAUAUAUAUAUAUAUAUAUUGAUAUCAGGGAUGGAACAGUUUUUCCACAGGUUCUGACUAUGUCUUUUUCCUCCUGAGAGUGCUCUUGAUUUCAAAGAUUCAUUUACCUUGAGUCAGUUUUUUUUGUUUUUUUUUCCACCUGGUUUUGACUAUGUGUGUCGUUUGGGUCAUAAGCAUGCGCAAUAUGAGGAGAAGGAUAAGCUGAAGAGUUGUGGCAGCGUUCAUAUUGUUGACAGAGAUAGAGGAUGCCCACCUGUGGCUUUGUAUAUAUCUGAUGUGUGAGAGCACUUUUUGUUUAGUGUGAGCUACAAUGGCAGCAGUAAGAAAAUGGUGGAUGAAACUACGACUGCGUGCUGGCAUUAUGCAACACAUUUUGUUUAACGCAUCCAACAUGUCACCUAAAAUGCGGAGACAUCACCUAAUUGUGUUAAUUGACCAUGUCAGAAGGAGAGAGUGAGGUGGGAAACCGCUUUUACUCCCUGUAACAUUGAGACAGCAUCUUAGUGCUGACUUGGAACAAAAGCGCUGGGGCAAUUUGCUGCCAAGGGUAUGUAGCCUUAUGCCGUGGAGGAGGGUGCAUGUGACGUCGAGGUAACAUUGGAGCCUGUGCGUGUUUACACUGGAGUCUGAUAAAAAUCACAUUUUACUUGCUGUGUUACGGUCAGCUGGAAAAAACAGAUUUAAAAAAAAAUACAAUUUGGGUGUUCUUCUUGCUCUCUUAAGUGAGCAAGAAGAACCGAUUCGCAGUUGCGAGCUGGUUGAUUGGGGGACAUUUUUAUUCACACCUCCAAAGACAUGCACCUGGGAAUAGGUUGAUUGGAAACACUAAAUUGGCACUAGUGGUGAAUGUUGUCUAUCUGUGUUGGCCCUGCGAUGAGGUGGGGACUUGUCCAGAGUGUUCCCGCUUUCCACCCGAAUGCAGCUGAGAUAGGCUCCAGCACCCCCCGCGACCCCGAACGGGACAAGCGGUAGAAAAUGAAUGGCUGGAGGACACAGAUACAGCAUUAGAACAUUUUACUAUAGUUUUAUCUAUACUUUUAUAUAUUUUUACUUAUUUGUAUUUUUUCAGGAUUUUUAAGAUCAUCAAUCAAUCAAUCAAUGUUUAUUUAUAUAGCCCCAAAUCACAAAUGUCUCAAAGGACUGCACAAAUCAUUACGACUACAACAUCCUCGGAAGAACCCACAAAAGGGCAAGGAAAACUCACACCCAGUGGGCAGGGAGAAUUCACAUUCAGUGGGACGCCAGCGACAAUGCUGACUAUGAGAAACCUUGGAGAGGACCUCAGAUGUGGGCAACCCCCCCCCUCUAGGGGACCGAAAGCAAUGGAUGUCGAGCGGGUCCAACAUGAUACUGCGAAAGUUCAAUCCACAGUGGCUCCAAGACAGCAGCGAGAGUCCCGUCCACAGGAAACCAUCUCGAGCGGAUCAGCAGCGUAGAGAUGUCCCCAACCGAUACAGGCGAGCGGUCCAUCCUGGG